GGUUACAUUUCCUUGAGGCUUUAUUAGCUGAUUUCACCUCAAAGCUGCACUCUGAACCCCUGCUCCGGUCACCACCGCCGAAAUGAAGCUCUCUGUGGCUCUCCUGGCAGUUUUUACUUCGCUGGCUGUCACUAUCGACGCUACCGUCUACUUCAAGGAACAGUUUCUGGAUGGAGAUGGAUGGAAGAGCCGUUGGACUGAGUCCAAACACAAGUCCGACUAUGGCCAGUGGAAAUUGAGUGCUGGAAAGUUCUAUGGUGAUGCAGAGGCUGAUAAAGGUCUGCAGACCAGCCAGGACGCCCGCUUCUACGCCCUGUCAGCCCGCUUUGAGCCCUUCAGCAACGAGGGAAAGCCCCUGGUCAUCCAGCUCACUGUCAAGCAUGAGCAGAAGAUUGACUGUGGAGGCGGCUACGUCAAGAUCUUCCCCUCUGACCUGGACCAGAGCGGCAUGCACGGAGACUCGCAGUAUUACAUCAUGUUCGGGCCCGACAUCUGUGGAUACAGCACAAAGAAGGUUCACGUCAUCUUCAACUACAAGGGCCAGAACCACCUCAUCAAGAAGGACAUCAAAUGCAAGGACGACGAGCUGACCAACCUGUACACGCUGAUCCUGAAUCCAGACCAGACUUACGAGGUAAGGAUCAACAAUGAGAAGGUGGAGUCAGGCUCCCUGGAGGACGACUGGGACAUGCUGCCCGCCAAGAAAAUCAAGGACCCAGAGGCCAAGAAACCCAGCGACUGGGACGACAGGGCCAAGAUUGAAGACCCCACCGACACCAAGCCUGAGGACUGGGACAAACCAGAGACCAUCCCCGAUCCUGAUGCCAAAAAGCCUGAUGACUGGGAUGAAGACAUGGACGGAGAAUGGGAACCUCCCAUGAUCACCAACCCAGAAUACAAGGGCGAGUGGAAACCCAAGCAGAUUGACAACCCUGACUACAAAGGAGCCUGGGUCCACCCUGAGAUCGACAACCCAGAGUACACUCAUGACGCCGCCAUGUAUACGUUUGAUAACAUCGGAGUGCUGGGUCUGGAUCUGUGGCAGGUGAAAUCUGGCACCAUCUUUGACAACUUCCUGAUCACUGAUGAUGUCAAAGAAGCAGAGGAGUUUGGGAAGGAGACCUGGGGAGUUACUAAGGGACCAGAGAAGAAGAUGAAGGAGGAGCAGGAGGACAUGGAAAGGAAGCUGAGGGAGGAAGAGGAGAAGAGCAAGAGGAAGGACUCUGAAGGCGAUGACGAGGAGGAGGAGGAUGACGAGGAGGACGGAGAGGAGGAGGAGGACGACGAGGCGGAAGGCGAGCAGGACGAGGAGACGGACGAGGACGCUGGGACGGAAGAGGAGGACGGCGAGGUAAAACCGAAGGACGAGUUGUAGAGGACAGGAGGCGGCUGUCGGACUGCUGUGUGCGUCUCUCUGCAGGUUCAGACUAAGGAAACGAGCGAAAGCCCUGAGACCUGUGGCCUUUCAUACAGCAGCCUUUUCUUCACGUGUCAGGGCGGGGGAGGGGUGGAAGGUGGGGGCAGGUCCGAUUUCUUUUUUUAUUGAUUCCCUCGUUGCUUUUUUGUUUUUUAACCUUCAAAUUGGAGAAGGGUUUAUGUGUUUCCUCUGUUAGUGUGUGUGCUCUGGUUGAGAAUAAUUGAAUGGGUUUUGUUGAGAGCAUCCUGCAGUUAUUCACAGAGCCAGCUCUUUUAUUAUUGCCUUUGUUGGGAUGUCCAGUGAAAUCGACGGUCUGAUGUCUGGUUCAUGCACUUUUAUUUCUCCUGUGUGAUGUACAACUGUUUGUUUUUAAUGGACCCCCUUCAUAAUUUAUUUUAUCAUUACAUUGAUUCCCUGUAAACCACCUGUCAGUUCCCAAAGUCCUCCAACUCUGUGUGUGUGUGUGUGUGUGUGUGUGUGUGUGUGAGAAACUGCAUUAGACAAACUGUGAUUUUUGCAAUCGCCAUUUUCUCCUUGUUCUGGAUGAGUGUCUGUCCUGUGGGUGCACACUGUUAACUUUCAGUGAAUAAACUGAAGUGUCUCUACAA